AUGGCAGACCUCCGAUCUUCCAGGGACGAGGAGGGCGAGGAGCGUGGGGGCUGGGCGCAUGACGAGAAGGCGCGCGGGGAGCAGGGGCGCGCGCGCGAGUGGGAGGACGCGGAGCGGCAGAGCCGCGAGGCUAAGCUGGGACUGCACCCGCUGCAGGUGGAGGGGUUUUGGGCGUGCUACUGCCGCAUGGUGCGCCCAUCUGCGCUGCCCGCCCCCACGGACGUGCACGUCUUCAAAGACGGCAUCCGCCCGCUCUGGGAGGACGUGCACAACCGGCGGGGGGGCAAGUGGAUGGUGCGCCUGCGCAAGCCGCUCACCAACCGCAUGUGGGAGCAGCUCUUGAUGGCGGUGGUGGGGGAGCAGCUGGAGGGCGCGGAGGAGGUGUGCGGAGUGGUGCUCAGUGUGCGCUUUGGCGACGACAUUCUCUCCAUCUGGAACCGCUCUGCACCGCACAGCCUGGCACGGGACAGGCUGUGUGAGUCGAUUCGGAAGCACCUCGGCCUUCCACCUUCCUACACCAUGGAGUACAAGCCGCAUGACGCCUCACUCAAGGACCAUUCCUCCUACCGCAACACAUGGGUGCGCACAUAG